AUGGGAUUCCCAAGGGCUUUAGCACAGAAACCAAUUUGUUCUGAGAUAGGAGAAGGCUCUGUAGGCAGAAGACCUAAGAGAUGGGAGGAGGCGCCUGGCGUCAGCGGGUCGCUUCUCAGCCGUGACCACGAGCGGCCAGCAGGUGUCAGUGCGUCCUCGCUUUGCCCUGGCGUUCGGCUCCUGGACCCCUCCCCACCUCUGUCUAAGGGAGCGCGGUCCAGACCCCCGGUCGCGCGUGUCCCGCAGACAGCUUCGUGGCUGGGAGGACACGUAGCCGCUUCUUCCCUAAGCCAAGGUCCGAAGUCUGGCCUGUGCCACUUCCCCAUAGGUGCUGUCCAUUCCGCCCAGGGGUUCCAUCCGAACCCGCGCCUUCCUCCCUCUCCAGCACCCCUUUCUCCCCAGCCGCCAGGAGCACCUGCGGACCAGAUCCAGCUCCUUGAAGGCACUCACGGGUGCCCGUCGCGUUCUGCUCCGUCGGCCCGGAGCUGCAUGGCCAACUCCCAGCAGGGGCCGCUCCCCCGCCCCCCCAACCACCGGGCUCCCUCUUUAAGCCUCUCGCUCAAGAAUAAAUCUCUUUACCCAUCGGCUCUCCCUACUCUCUCCCGCCGCUUAGAAAUAAAACUUGGCUGUGUUAGGAGCUCGGAGCGAGAAGGCGCCCACCGAGAGCGUCCGAAGCGCGAGCCAGGCGCAGCCCGGGCCACCCCUUACUCCCUGCAGGUGACGCUGACGCUGGUGUGCCUGGCCGGCCUGCUCAUGCUGCUCACCGUGUUCGGCAACGUGCUCGUCAUCAUCGCGGUGUUCACGAGCCGCGCGCUCAAGGCGCCCCAAAACCUCUUCCUGGUGUCUCUGGCCUCGGCCGACAUCCUGGUGGCCACGCUCGUCAUCCCUUUCUCGCUGGCCAACGAGGUCAUGGGCUACUGGUACUUUGGCAAGGCUUGGUGCGAGAUCUACCUGGCGCUCGACGUGCUCUUCUGCACGUCGUCCAUCGUGCACCUGUGCGCCAUCAGCCUGGACCGCUACUGGUCCAUCACACAGGCCAUCGAGUACAAUCUGAAGCGCACGCCGCGCCGCAUCAAAGCCAUCAUCAUCACCGUGUGGGUCAUCUCGGCCGUCAUCUCCUUCCCGCCGCUCAUCUCCUUCGAGAAGAAGCGCGGCCACGGCGGCCCGCAGCCGGCCGAGCCGCGCUGCGAGAUCAACGACCAGAAGUGGUACGUCAUCUCGUCGUGCAUCGGCUCCUUCUUCGCUCCCUGCCUCAUCAUGAUCCUGGUCUACGUGCGCAUCUACCAGAUUGCCAAGCGUCGCACCCGCGUGCCACCUAGCCGCCGGGGUCCGGACGCCGCGUCGCGCUGGCGCGGGCGGCAGAACCGCGAGAAGCGCUUCACGUUCGUGCUGGCCGUGGUCAUCGGAGUGUUCGUGGUGUGCUGGUUCCCCUUCUUCUUCACCUACACGCUCACAGCCGUCGGGUGCUCAGUGCCGCGCACGCUCUUCAAGUUCUUCUUCUGGUUCGGCUACUGCAACAGCUCGCUGAACCCGGUCAUCUACACCAUCUUCAACCACGACUUCCGCCGCGCCUUCAAGAAGAUCCUCUGCCGCGGGGACAGGAAGCGGAUCGUGUGAGGUUUCCGCCGGCGCCCGCGUAGACUCACGCCGACUGCAGGCAGCAAGGCACCGAGGAGUGCUCAGCUCCAGGGCACUCAGAAACCCGGGCCCUGUCUGCUCUGCGUUUCCUCCUCUGCGGUGGCUCUGCAGCCUCCUGCGGGCGGGCGUCUGCUGCUCCUACAAGGGAAGCGUUCUUGCUGCCAGACCCACGCAUCCCCAGUUGUUGGUUUGGCCACUCUUGACCUGGAGCCAUCUUCCUGGUGGGCCACCCCAAUCAGUAUUGCUUCCUGAAGGUAUUUUCACCUUCCUCCCAUAGCCCUCACAGCUCUUCAGAGCAAGCACUGGACUACAAGGGCAUGGCUCACGAAAGGUUAAUGGAUGGUUACCUAGAGGAUUACCUAGCCCUGGCUAAUUCCCCUUCCAUCCCCAGCUCUCUCUCUCUCUCUUUUUUAAAACCCACUCAGGGCAGCCCUGCCUGCCCUCCCCACCACCCCCUCCACACUGUAAAUAUACACUAUUUUUGAUAGUACACAUGGGGACCCCGUAUCUCUUGACCUUGGUUUUGACGGUGAAAUCCUGGCCUUGGGAGAGAUGCCUUCCAGGCAGACACAGCUGUGUGGUUCAGGCCAAGCGCCAUUUGCAAUGCAAGCCCUUUCUGGUGUUACGAUGUCCCUCUAUGUCGUCCUUUUCACCAGCAACUGGUGACUGUCCCUUUGACACGGACCUGCUUUGAGAUUUCCUGACGGGGAAAAGAUUUCUGUCCAUUUUUUUUUCCUGUGCCUAACAGCAUAAUUGCCUUUUCCUAUGUAAAUAUUAUGAUGAUGGAUCAAGACAUAAGUAAAUGAACCUUUCUGCCUCACAUCAGCCCUGUGUAUAAAGCCAUUAUUCUCUGAUGCACUGUUCGCCCCAGUAACUCACUUUAAAACCUCUCUUUGCAGUGUUCCCUCUCUCCCUGCAGGGCCACUGCUUGAAGAAGAAUAUGUAUGUUUCUAUCUUGUAUGUACGUGCGCCCCUCCUGCCCCCAAAGUGCUGACUACGGGAAAAUCUUUUAGCUGCUGUUUUUAGACACCAAGGAGUGGAAAUUACGUGGAAGAAGCAAACCUGAUACAAUCUGCCCAAGGUAAACAGUUUGAAAAGACAAAUGGGCCUGCCAAACUGUACAGUUCCCGCCCCAAGAGCUGUUAGGUAUCAAAGUGUGGUCCUUUCCCCCCUCCCUGCUUUUCUGGUUGAGAUCAUGUCAUUGAUGAACUGCCAAAGUCAGGGGAGGAGGGCGGAGACCUUGUGUUUACAUCUGCGUUUCUACAUGUUUUAGACAGAGACAAUUUAAGGCCUGCACUCUUAUUUCACUAAAGAAAAACUAAUGUCAGCACAUGUUGCUAAUGACAGUGGAUUUUUUUUAAAUAAAAAAGUUUACAGAUCAAAUGUGAAAUAAAUAUGAAUGAAGUGGUCCUCUUGUCUGUUACCUGAGUUUUCAAAAGCUUUAAGGCUCUGGGAACAUCUGAUUUUGUGGAUUUUUUAAAAAUAAAAAAUGUACAUUAUA